UCUCAAAAAAUAUUUGUAGUUUUCAUCAUGCCUUAUCUGAAAAUCGCUCACGAGUUUUGGACAGCCCUCUCUUAUAAUGAAAUUACUCAAUUCAGUACCGAGGAUGUCGUCAUAUUGAUAUUAGACUAUACACCUCACUUUAAGACAAUCGGCUAUCCCCUGAUCGGAAAUAAUUGCCUAGGAAUACCUCCCCCUCCUACUUUCCCUCAUUAAUAAAGCAAUCUUUUUGUCCACAAAACUAAAAAUACCAAAAUAUAUUUUGUCUGUAUUGAAACAAAUAUUUGACCAAAUAAAAAGAAGAUAACGGCACACACUUUGUUAACCUUCUCAAUUUAAAUUUAUUCACAGUUGGAUUCUCCUCAUUAAAUAA